AUGGCACUAUCAGAAGAAGUGAUCGCACGACGACUUAGAGCCGUCGAUCAGACUUCAGAAUCGAUUCAGACAACAUCCAUGUGGAUACUACAUCAUCGCGACUUAGCUUCACAAUUCGUGAACUGCUGGACUGAAGUAUUUAGAACUGGUAGCGAUCCUUUACAAAUUGCUCUGUUUUACGUAGCAAAUGAUGUCUGUCAGAAAGCAAAGAAAAAGAGUGACUCACAUGCCUUACUUCAAGCAUUUGCAUCACACUGGGUCAAUGCCAUUUCGUAUUCCAGAGGUAGUGAAAACGUUCAGAAAGCUGUUAGUAGAAUACUUGAUAUAUUCGAAGAACGUCAAAUUUAUUCAAAAUCGCAGCUAGCUGAUAUGCGUGCUGCACAAAAUGACAACAAUGAAUUGGAAGACAAUACGCUAAUUGAUUUCGAUAUCGGAUACCUAAUACGUGAUGUUGAGGGUUAUCAUAAAGGAAAUUUGGUUAUGGAACGUGCAAGAGAGCUACUUUCCAGAAGCGACUUCAAUUUUAAAAAUAAAAUAAAGAGUCGGAUGAAAGAUCGCCGAGAUGGUGAAAAAUUCAUGGGAGAAAUUGAACAGUCUUACACAAAGCUAACAGAUUUUUUCGGUGCAUUAGCAAAGCACCGCAAACGUGGGCAGCAUCUUCUGGCUGAAAUUGAACGAGCCAAACGUUGCUUUACUUUGCAACUGCGGGAUGUGACUGUUGUGGAAGAUGCUUAUCAAAAAUUUGGUGCUGGGAUUGAUGAAGUUUGUACAGAAGUGGAGGAAAUGCUAAAAACAAGUGUUUAUCCAGGUGCUUCUCCUCCACGUGAUGCUCCCUCACCAACAGCCAAUGAUGAUCCAUUUAGGGAGGGUGUCGAAAUUGCAUUCAAGCAAAUGAGAGGACCACAGUGCGGUUCUAGCUCAUUACUGCCACUACCAAAGCUGGUACCGUCCAAAGAGGAACCUGUUGUUACACCCGAUUCAUUUCAAACCGAUCAGUCAUUCAGAGGUUCGACGCAUGUGUUGAAAAUGAUAGAAGGAAUCCGAGCAAAUGAGACAUCAAGAACAAAUUCACCAUCAUCAGUUGUAUCCGAUCCACGACUUGUGUCUUCAAUUGUUGGAUGCUUAUCAUCAGCCGAGUCUACUACUACAGUUUCUACUUCAUCCUUUGCACUGUUAUCGCAGGCUUCUUCAUCUAACUUGUUACUGUCAUCUGGACCUCCAAAUCAACCUCAGGUAUCCCAGAUACCAUCGUUACAAUUCGUUAGUUCUCCAUCACUUUCCGGAGUAGCGUCGAUUCAAGACAUACAGACGACACUAUCUAAUGGCAAUCUUCCACAAUGGAUGCAUGAUUUAUCGUCGAAUUUUUCUGCUUCAUUACCCACCGCUGCACCAGGUAGUGUGGUAGAUGUUGCAUCUAUUUCUGGUACAACAAAUUCUCUCCAAACACCAAUUAUUUCUAGUCAAUUACAUGGUAACCAGAUAGCAAACACAGUGGCAAUUCCUUCCUCCAUUCUUGGAAGCCAACCAUCAUCACAAAAUACCAAUCCGCAUACCACACAUCCUGUAAUGUUGCCGCCACCUCCACCGAAUGUGCGUCCAUCGCUGGGAGUAUUACCAUUAAACAAUUAUGUGCCUGCUGCAGUGUCACCUUAUACUGUGAUGUCCACAACUUCCACCCCUUCACCAGCAAAAAUUCCAUUUCCUCCUGGCUCUUUUACUGUACCACCUCCAAGAUCCUUAAUUGUGCCACCACCAAAUUCCUUAAAUAUACCUCCACCUAAUGUUAUGGACUGUCCACCGCCUGGCAAUUUUUCUCUAACCACAAGCAGUUUCGCUUCGGCUACUCCUUUAGUUUCAUGUACAUUUUCUUCACCGUCUCCAUCAAGCUCUAAUUCUACUACAGUAGCUUCAGCUACUGGUUUAGUUUCCAGAAAACCGUUAACAAAUGGUGGCAACAGCAACAGUAUUGUUGAUUCAGCAAAAGUUAAUGGUGAUUUACACCAUGAAUCCAGAAAGCAGUUCGAAAAUUAUGGUGGCACGUUGGAUAGCCGUGGAGAUCGGCGGUCAUUUGGUGGAUUUUGUGGAAGCGAUGACAUUGGCAUUGGUCGUGGAGGUUUGCGGGAUCCACGUGGACGUGAUCGAGAUCGUGAACGCAAUGGUAAUCGAGGAUUACAACAACAACAGCUUCAUAAUAACGGUGGUAGGCGUUAUUGUAGUGAUAAUCGUAAUCGCAUGCUUCGUUAUAGAGAUUAUGAUGAUGAUCGUCGAUAUCGGCGUUACGAACCACCGCACGAUGAUUUUAAUCGUAAUCGGAGAUAA